AUGAGUGAAUUCCCUGGUCGUAUAAAGUUUAAUGAUCAAGCUAUGACAUUACACGAAUACCCAUCAGAACUUCACAUGUUAGAAGAAUACCUGUUGAAACAUCCUGAGGAGGAGGAGCUAGUGAUUGUUGAGAGUUAUAGAAAUGAUAUUGAAGAUGAUGAUACACCCCCUGGUACACCCAGAAAUAACAAUGAUGAUGAGGGAUUACGAUCUAAUACUGCCCUCUCUCACAGUGGUGGACUAUCAUCGUACGUAUCUAAAUAUCAGUCAGAUUUUGAUUGGAAUGAUCAUCGAGAGCCAGACCCUAUUGUUAUCAGACCAGAACCCGAACAGGAAAUAACAAAAUCAGAAGAGUUAAUACCAGCUGGCGAGGAUGAUACGAAUACCUGGUCAGAAAGUACUACGUCAGAUCUCUUGUUUUAA